CUGGGUCAGACAUUGGAUAAUCUGGCUCGACAGCGGGCAUCGGGUCACCAGGCAUCAGCAGGCACCGGGUCAUCUGGCGCUGGAUCGUCUGGCUCGACAGCGGGCAUCAGGUCACCAGGCAUGACAACGGGCACUGAGUCAUCAGGCAUUGGAUCGUCUGGCUCGACAGCGGGCAUCGGGUCAUCAGGCUCGACAGCGGGCAUCGGGUCACCAGGCACGACAGCAGGCACUGGGUCAUCAGGCAUGAAAGCGGGCACUGGGUCAUCAGGCAUUGGAUCGUCUGGCUCGACAGCGGGCAUCGGGUCACCAGGCAUGACAGCGGGCACUGGGUCAUCAGGCAUUGGAUCGUCUGGCUCGACAGCGGGCAUCGGGUCACCAGGUAUGACAGCGGGCACUGGGUCAUCAGGCGUGAUAGGAUCAUCAGGCUGGAUCAGUUCAUCAGGCUGGGUACAGACAUCAGGCUGGGUAGAGACAUCAGGCUGGGUAGAGACAUCAGGCUGAAGUGCGGGUGCCGAGGCACCAGGCUGAACCACGGAAGGCAGGUUCUCAGACGGCAGGCUCACCGGUUUGGAUACUGGCAGGAUGGUACUGGUUGGAAAGAAUUUUCGCUUUUUUCUGGUUUUAACUACUGGAGCACUGCAAGUAAACGCAGGUCUGCAAACGAAUGAAGCAGCUGA